AUGUCACCACCAAAUGGAUUCACUUCACUCCAAAUCCCAAUUUCACUUCUCAACUUACACACUGUACUCACUUCAGGUCAAUCAUUCUUAUGGCACAUAUACCCUCUCAGCCCACCACAUCCACAAUCACACGAAUACCGAUUGUGCAUCACAGACAGGCUCAUAUGCUUGAGACAGGAUAACACGCACAUAUAUUACCGCACCGUAUUCCCAACUUCAUCCUCCUCACCCACAGAAACCACAGAAUCAUGGCUCAAUUCUUACUUCCAACUCUCAGUAAACCUUCCUUCUCUCUACACAUCCUUCUCCCUCGACCCCCACUUCGCACGCCUCGCCCUUCGUCCACAACUCCAAGGCAUCCGCAUCCUCCGCCAAGACCCAUGGGAAUGUCUCCUCUCCUUCCUCUGUUCCCAGAACAACCACAUAGCCAGGAUAACGAACAUGGUCCAUUCCCUUCCGGAACAUUUCUCACUCAUCUUGGUACACGAGCCCCACCCUUCCCAGGACCGCACCGUCCAGUACAGACCGUUCCCAGCGCCGGAAGUGCUCGCAAAGGAAGGGGUCGAGUCCCAACUCCGGGCACUAGGGUUCGGCUACCGAGCGAAAUACGUCUCCCACACCGCAUCAGCGCUAUGUUCCGCCUCUCCUCCGGGCCGAGCAAAGCUACUUGAGCUCCGCACCCUCCCCCUGCCCCAGGCUAGGGAGUUCCUCCUCUCCCUACCUGGCGUAGGCCCAAAAGUCGCAGACUGCACACUGCUCAUGUCGCUCGACCAGCCAGGGGUAGUCCCAGUCGACACGCACGUCCUGCGCGUCGCGAAACGGUAUUAUGGGCUUAAGCUGGGUAAGGGGAUGGGCGGGGGGAAGGGGUACGAGAGAGUGGCACAGGGGUUGAGGGACGUGUGGGGGGAGUGGGCGGGCUGGGCCCAGGGAGUG